CCCCAACAACCUACGAGGGACUCUGCUGCUGGGCUAUUCAACAUAUGCGACAGCGCCAUCAUCACCGGUAGCCACGGAGCCAUAGCCAUGGCAGUCGCAAGGGCGCUCUUACAGCACGGCCCUCUGAUCUGGCUGUGUUUGACAUCAACCUCAUCCCGUCUCGUGAAAAAAUCCUGGCAUUGAAGAACGAAUUUCCAAGAGCGAGAAUCCAAUGCUUUGAAGUCGACGUGGUUGACGACCUUGAGACCAGACGAGCCGUCAAUGCCACAGCCGCUGCCUUCAGCUCUCCAUCGACGCCCAGGUCUGCUGCGCUGGGAUUUCGGGCGCGGCCCACGCUAUCUCGAGACCGGCGGCGACACAUCCUCGACAUCAACAUCACGGGGACGUUCCUCUGCGCGUAGGUAGUAGCGAAGUAGAUGAUCCUGCAGGGCAUGGUCGGGCACACGGUCUUCACGACGUCCGCGCCGGCUUCCCCUCAGUCGCAGGUGGCGCACAACUUUAGCAAGGCGGCGUUCUUGAUGCUCAAGAGCACGCUGGCGGCCGAGUGUACGCGGUGCAACAUCAGCGUCAAAGGAAUCAGUCCUGGGUACAUUGACACGACGCGCAACACUGGAAAUGGGCUUGCGCCAGUGCACAAAGUGAACCGCAAUCCAUCUGGGUGGUUAGGGAUGCCGGAGGUGACUGGGGCUGUGGUGAUGCUGCUGAGCAGGUCGGGUUCAUACAUCAACGGGCCUGAUAUCGUGGUCCAUGGAGGCGGCAUCGUCUUCGAGUGGUGGGUUAUCCGUCUAGUCUGUUUGGCUCGUU